AUGGCCACGCUCCUCUCCCGUUCGCCUCGUCGCCUCCUCCGCUUCCUCAAGCCCCAAACCCUACUCUCCCCGACAUUGACCUCGUCUUCCCCUCCCCACGAUCUCCCGGCGAGGAUUCCGCCGCCGGGAUGGAGUGCGUCGCCGCAGUGGCAGUGGCACCGGCACCGCGCCCUAUGGACACACUCCAACCCUCAGAACUCCGGGGCCUGCGACGCUGGCCUGGCCGCUGCUCCAGGCGCAUCGUCCCUCCCGUUGCGCAUGAGAAGGGGUCGCGCGGCGUCGACCGACGUCGCCGAGGUGUCGGCCGACAAGGGCGUGGGCGCCAACGGGGCACACCAGGCGGCCGCCAAGGAAGAGACUAGUGUGUGUAGCAAGGCCAUUAAAAUCAUGACGUACAAUGUGUGUUUCGGGCAGAACAUGGAACUGCACAGUAGAAUUCCUGCCAUUGGAGAUAUUAUUCAGCACCACAGCCCAGAUCUUAUAUGCCUCCAGGAGGUUACACCAGAGAUACAUGGGCUUCUGAAAAAAUCCGACUGGUGGCCAGAAUACAACUGCUUGAUGCCACGUGAAAUGGAUAUGAGAUCAUACUUCUGCAUGCAGAUGAGCAAAUUGCCUGUGGAUUCUUUCCGCGGCGUUCCAUUUCCCAAUUCAGCAAUGGGAAGGGAGCUGAGCAUGGCAAAUGUCAGCAUUGGCGGGGUGACCUUGGUGUUGGGUACAAGCCACCUAGAGAGCCCGCGCCGUGAGGCUCCUUGGUGGGAUCACGAUAUGAACAGAAACAAGCGGGCCGCUCAGGCGAAGGCGUCCCUCGAAUGGUUGGGAGGAUCACGCAACGCGAUAUUCUGCGGCGACAUGAACUGGGACGACAAGAUAGACGGGACCUUCCCUCUGCCGGACGGCUGGGCUGACGCCUGGGCUCAGCUGAAGCCGGAUGAAGGUGGCUGGACGUACGACACGGUGGCCAACGCCAUGCUGUCUAAAGGGUACAAGAAACUACAGCUGAGUCUGGAUCGGUUCGUGUGCAAGCUGCCGGAUUUCGAGGUCCAAGGCAUCGAGAUGGUUGGGAAGGAGCCCAUGCCCGGCGUCUCGUACGAGGAGGUGAAGGAAUUCAGCCAUAAGUCAAAGUCUGGAAAGAAAUUCAGCGGGACGUGGGAGUGGAUGCUGCCUGUGCUGCCCAGCGACCACUUCGGGCUUGUCUUGACGAUCGCCCCUCGGGAUGGAAGCAGUGCUCCGUCGGAGUGAGUGGUGAUCUUAUUCUUGUGCGUAGCAGUUACGAUGGAUCAUCGUCAGGCUGGACGUCGAUCGUAGCCUGUGUCGGCCACUUUUGUGUAGUACGUAGUGUGCAGUGUCGCUCACUUUUGUGUAGUAGAAUUGUAACGUAUAUCAUAUAUGGAUGCUCAGGUACCAUGACUUAGGUGGAUGAAGAUGUUCUGUGAUGCACCUAGUUGCCAUGGAUAAUCCUAGAAUUCCAUCUGAUGCAUCAAGUUUUUCGCUGCGUCCCAAAGGAUAAUCCUAGAAUUCCAUCUGCUGCAUCAAGUUUUGCGCUAUGUAUUCCCUCAAAAAAAAAAAAGUUUUGCCCU